ACCAAAUGUUUAUGUACACAAGUACCCCAAUUGUAUUCAUUUAUUAGUUUAGCACACCUGAGCCUGAUUCAAUAAUGAAACCAUAGAUGCAGUACUUCAAAAGAAACCAGAUUAAAUGUGUAUUUCAGAUAUCUGUACAGUUAAUACAAGAAUUACAAGGUGUGGAUCCGAAGGAAUAAUUUUCGCUGGAUAAAACUCACUAGCUGGUAAAGAGAUAAUUGGCGAAGAUUGGUGAGAAAACUGGAGCUGAAAUUGCUUUCACUACAGGAUAAACAGGUGGUUCCAAGAUCUAAUUUACAUUUAAUUAGAUAUUCCAGCAGAUUACAGGGUGUUGGAAAGCACCAAAUCAAGGCUUCCAUCUCCCAAUCUGAUUGGUUGAGAGGUUUUCCCAGUAUAAACAGUACUGAGUUACAAGAGUAUACAAGGUUUCUCUGCGCUUGUUCUAAUCUCUGCAAGAUGUGAACCUAACACACACAGCAAUGGAUUUUAGCACAUUUAGUGUGAAGAGAGAUGCAAUUGGGAUAAAACAAGGCACAGGGUAUUUUAGUACUUCAUUUAGAAAUGGAUUAAAUGUUCUCAGAAUGAAACUGUGUUUACCUGUGUGAAAAAUGAGAAUUAACCAAAUUAAAAGCUACAUCUACUUCAUUACAACCUUUGUAAGUCUUGAAAGGAAAUUAUAUCCACAGUGAGAAGAUGUAAUACACACACUUCUGAAGGAUUAAAAUGUUGCAAUUUGUCUAUGGUUGAAAGGUAGGCAGUCAAACAAGAAGAAUGGGUUUCCGAAUAUUACGACGGACAAAGACCCUGCUCCUUACAUUUGGGUUGUUCUCACUAGGCUUGUACCUGGUACUCAACACAUUAGCCAUAGAAUUUUCAGCAGAAAAUGCUGGUUCCCUGCCGAAACACCCAAGAGACUUAUCAAUGCCAAGAGCAAAAUCCAAAUUUCCAAAUGAGUUCCAGGCUAAUUUUGUAGCUCAAGGUCAAAGAAAGCCAAAGACAAUGAACUUGGGAGGUGAUGACCACACUGAAGACAGCAUUGUGUAUGAUAGAAAUAACAAAAUUACUGAUGAAAAUUAUAAUAAUGAAAUGCACAACCAACCUAAACGUCAUUCUAUAAAGUCUGAUCGAGACACAGUUAAAUUUCUUCAGAAGCAUUACAGACAAGGAAACAUAAUUGAAAGCAACAAAUUUGAAAAUGUGCUAAACAACGAUAAUAAUGGUGGUGAAAACACUGAUGAUGAAAAGUAUGAACAAGGUGAUGAUUAUGAAAAUGAGGAUGAUUAUGAUAAAAGUGAGGAUGACUAUGAAGAAGAUGCUGAUGAUGAGUAUGAUGAUGAUGAUAAUAAUGAUGAAGAUGAUGAAUAUCAGUAUGAUGACGCUACUAAUGCCCCAUUCAAACCUGGUGACUUUGGAGAUAUAAGGGGACUGGAAUAUUACAGAAAACCAAAACUGAAGUAUGCAGAAGUAGACACCAUUAAUGUAAAGAAAAAUAAACCUGAUAAUUUUCCUGUAGUGAAAGAUGGUUCUAAACAUUUGGAUAGCCACACUGUCACAUAUGUAAAAGACAAAGAACCAGAAAAAGAACUAAUUGAAAAUGGAAUGUUUUGGUCGGAAUAUGUGGAAUCUCUCAUACCAAAAGGUUUAUCCUACACAAAUGUUACCAGACUGCUACAGAGGUUAAGAAGUCAAGUUGUACAGACUCUGGACAGACCAAGCUGGGACAAGUGUGGUCGUCCACUGAACGGGUAUGCUGUACUCAGCGGUGGUAUAAGGAUGUGUGCAAGAUAUAGACAAUCACAUUCCUCCUUUGUGUAUGGUGAAGCCCUGUCUUUCUACCUGUCACGUCUUCUGCGGAUGGACAAUGUUCCAGCUGUAAUACUCUCCAGGACUAAUGCUACCUCCUCUAUGUGGAGAGAUGUCAAUAUCAGCUCUCUAUCCUGGAAGGAAGAUAAGGUGGCUGCACUAAUACAAUGGAUUGACAACAUUAAUUCAGGAUCAAGUUCCAGAGCAUACAUUCCGCCAAUCAUCUUAGAAGCCUACAGAAAGGGCACACCUGUCACUAGUCAUGUGAUCCAUACAUCCAGCCUCCUCAGCAGAAGUCCUGCCCAAAUUGCCGAGGUUGUCCAAUGGGGGACAAUGAUUGUAUUUGAUUUUCUAACAGGAAAUUAUGACCGGGUUGCCAGUAUGCAAGAUGCAGAAGAACGAGAAAAUGAUCCCAAAAUUAUUGAAGAACCUAUACGUAAUCUUCGGAAAGCAUCUCAAAAUGGCAAACUUUGGCUUAUAGACAAUGAAAGUGGCCUUUUUGAUGCAUAUGAACUUCUUAAGCCAUACCAUAAAAGUUCCCGUUUUACAACAUUCCAUAACAAAAUGCUGAAAACAAUGUGUGUCUUUCAGUCAUCUCUAGUCAAAGCAUUGCAGAAACUUUCUGAACAGCCCUCACCACAUAAAAGACUUUUAAAUUUUUCCCGCUCUUUUGAGCCAUUGAUAGAUGAGCUACCAAAAGAUAAUCUUUACAAGCUGUUUGCAGAAACAUUUGAUAAAAGACUGGCUCAAGUGAUGGAGUGGGUACAGCAUUGUAAAAUAAUUGAUGUUGGUUAGUAAAUGUGGAGAAAAUGUGUGUGUACACAACUCCUGUGCUGUCAAACAGAAGGUGACAAUCUGAUUCUCAUUAACAUGACAUUUUUUUGUGUCUUCCAGGAAAAAAUCCAUGAUUUAAGUGCCAUGGAAAGCAAAAAAAAAACAAAAAACAAAUAAAUUUGUGCAAUAAAUAUUAGAAAUAAAAUAUUUCAAAUUGAAUGAUAAAAGUACGAAAGCAUAACAAUUAGUAAGUUAUUGAAAAGGGAUGUGGAAAUUCAUCUGAAACCUGGUUUUUCAAACAUUUACUAUUUUUUAGUAACAGUUACCUUGACCUAACAGUGCCUUUGACAAAACAAUCUUCCAACCUCUCUAUCCUAUAAAGCUACCAAAUUCCAUCAAAAUAUCAUCUCACUCCUAGCUGAAAUCAUAUUUCUCUUAAGUAAUUAAUAUUGUACAGCAGCCCCAAAUACUGUCCAAAGCUAGUUCUUCAUAUAAGCUUGCUAUACACCAAGUUUGGUGACAGCAUGUCAUUAUCUUAACUGAGUAAACCAGAAACCACCUUUAUGAAGAUUCCAGCAUACAAAAUAUAUUCUACUUCAAGUUACUGUGACCUUGAGCAAAACUUGCAUCUAAAUGAUGCAUUCUUUUUACCAAAAAAUAGCAACAACAAAAGACUGAAUGCCAUGCAGUACCAAGAUUAGAAUCACUACCUGUCCGCUGCCUUCUAAAACUCUUACAUUGCAAAAGGUACAAUAGACUAAUGUAAUUAGGUUGAACUUUACCCCACUGACCCUAUGUACAAUCCCAGCAUUGAUAUUUCUGCAAGCUACCUACAGGCGAAGUUUAACUUAAUACAGUCUAACCUGUACUAACGGUCACCUCCGAUCAGCGGUCACCUCCGUUUAGCGGUCAUUUUAUGACGCCCACGACGGAUUUUCCUCUAUUUUAUCACUUUAUUCAGCGGUUACCUCUCGUCCGCGGCCAGCGGCCACCAAAAUUGCCUCCCAACCGCCGUAUUUGACCCCUUUCAGCGGCCAUGUUUCUUCCAAAACAAAUUAUUUUUAGGCGAUGAUCGCCGACGAUACCCGAUUUUUGAGAAACACGUCAUUGCUUAGUCUCGGGUGACUUCACCACAAAGAAGCCAAAAUGACAUGAGCUUAUCAAUUAAAACUGAUAAUCAAAGGUGUGAUCCACUUUUUGUUCCGAUCAAAUGGCCAGUAAUUUUCAGCAAUUAGCGCGUCACCUCGUGUCAAUUGUGUUGUUCACAGUUUGAUCUCGGUUAAAGAUAAUACUGGAUAUCUAAUUAGUAGCAUACUAUUUGUGAUUCUUUAUAUUUCUUUCAUCAAAACGCUAUUAAAUUUAUACGAAAUUUAUUGUGUUUGAAAGAAAUAUAAACCACUCGAUCUUUUACGGAACAAAACGGCAAUCUUAGAUUUUAGCGUAGACAGUAAGCGCGGAGAGUAGCUUCCCUUACCAAAAUGGCGAAAAUUGUAAACAAACUUGUUUUGAAGUUGGAAAAUUGUCUGUAACAAUUCUUGUUGUUAAAAAAUCACGCUGGAGUUUUAGAUUGCUUAGAAGAAAUUGCAAAGGCAAAUGCACGUCAAGGUAUCUUGGUAAAAUAAUAAUAGAAACUGAAAAAGAAAUGGGCCUAAAGGCUAAACUGGUCGAAAGUCUAAAAAAAUACAUAUACUGGCUGCAUCUCCAAUCAGCGGUCACCUGGCUUCAGCGGCCAAAUUGUCUGCUUCCCCUGGCUGGCUGCUUAACACAGGUUAGACUGUACAUCAAUCUAAACAAAAGUUAUUGAGCAGAACCUACAGUGUUUCCAUUUGUGUCCUUGACCUUGGCUCCAUUUGCCUGUAAUGCAAUCUACCUAUAAGCUAUCUAUAGGCCAAUUUUCAUUUCAAUAUCUGAUCUCCAUCUAAACUUAAGUUACUGAGCAGAAAUGAAAAACUGGCUACAUCCAGCUUCCAUCCCACUCAACAGCUUUGAAAGACUUGGUUAAGAGUGAAACAGAAAAUUUACUGCAAUAAUUAUCAAAAGCUGUUUAAUAAUUUGUUUCCAUAUUGUGAAGUAAUUUGCAUAUCAUAUAAAACAUUUGUUUCAAUCUUUUGGCAUAAAAAGUACACUAACAUUUACAUACAUUUAGUACAAAGCUUGAACACAAGUAGGGAGUAAACAAAGAAUUAAUGAUGAAGAUUGUCAUCUUCUCCAACAUGUGUCAAUUAUCAGUAUUUAACAAUAUUUCAUACCAAAUUGUAAAGAUGCCAAAAGUCUUUCCUUUGUAUAGGGUAUAUCAAAAGAAACUGACUAAUUCUAAACUUUUCUCUCCAUUAAAAUGACAAGUCUCAUAUCCUCCAGGCACCCCUAAUUCAUCCCACAAGAGAAAACAUGUUUCCCCACUAAAUGUAUUAAAAUUCACUUCUCAAGGAUCACAAAAUAAAAAUCCUGUGUGGAUACAGAAAUGAAUUAAAUUUUGCUGUCAGAAGAUGUUAUUUGAUUAUAAACAGAUUACUGAAUAAGUACUUAUAGUCAACAUUUCAGAAUCUCAGAUUUGCUUUGAUCAUUAUAAAAUGUUCUUAGACAUGACAACUUCCCUGCUUGAAAAUCUGCCCUUCAAAGCAUCCUUAGUGAAGGGAUUGCCGUGAUUUCUUUAAUAACAAAAAUGGUAAUAUUUCCAUUUAUGAGUGUAUUUUCUAUUCUCAGUAUGGUCAUAUUUUAACAUCUGGCUGAAAAUCUACUUGAUAUCUAAAUCAUUUUUUAGAAUAACAGCUUUAAUAUUUUUUUUAUUUUCAUUUACGCUGUUUUAAGAAUUUUGACACUAAGUAAAAUAUUUUAAGUUUAAAACUGUUUAUAAAGCCAAACAGUUUUUUUGUUGGGAAAUAGUGAGUGGGUGCUUAUUUGUACUGACACUUUCAGCACUGCAUUAUAAUUCUGAAAUGAGUGGAAUUAAUCAGUUUCUUUUGGACAUCUCAGUAUUUAUGUCAUUUAAAUUUUGUUUGCUUUAACUGAUGUAUUUGUUCAAAUAGUUACAGGCCACGGUAACUUAAUUGUUUUAUUACUUAAGGCCACAAGAAUACUACCCAUAAACAAACCAUUUUUGAAGUUCUACGGACAUUGAACUCCCUGGUAUUUAAUUAAGGCAGUUUUAUCUUUUAACUUAUUAUCAUUACAAUUCAAGGGAAAUGAAUAACCAAGAAUUUAAUUAUACCUGCCUUAGCAAUUUUAAAUACAGUGCAAUAUUUUUUACUUUGUAUGUCAGUGUUUUGUCAUGACUUAUUGUAAUGACUGUUUGUUAGUAGUGAGGCACAUACACUUUGUUAAAAAUGUUGUUUCUUUCUUAUUACUGAGUCAUCUCAAAUGCUUCUGAAUAGAAUAAAAUUAUUGUCUACUUUGA